CCGCCGCCGGGCCGUCGGCCGGCUGACAGGUGCUCGGGGCCCUGGCCGGGGACUCGUCGGCGGCGCGCGCGGCCCCCGCGGCCCCCCCUCCCCCUCGCCUUCGCCCCCAUCCCCCCCCCCCCACGCCGCCGCGGCGCGGCGCAGGAUCUGUUCAGACCUCGGGGAACUGGUUCAGGUCCAGGUUCUGCUUUGAUCCUCGGCGCAAACUGGAGACGCCGAAGAGGGCCCUCGGAGAAAGCCUUGGAUGGGAGGAUGUGGGAAGGAGCCCGCGGGGCUCGGCGGCGCUGAGCACGGCCCGCAGCCCCGCCGCCCCGGUGCCCGCCGCCCGCGCGCCCGCCCGCUCAGCCCAAUGCUCCUCUUCGGGCUCCUCCUGCUGACAUCCGCCCUGGCCGGCCAGAGACCCGGGACCCGGGCUGAGUCCAGCCUGAGCAGCAAGCUCCAGCUCGCCGGCACCAAGGAGCAGAACGGAGUACAAGAUCCCCAGCAUGAGAGAAUUAUUACUGUGUCUACUAAUGGAAGUAUUCACAGCCCACGGUUUCCUCAUACUUAUCCAAGAAAUAUGGUCUUGGUAUGGAGAUUAGUAGCAGUAGAGGAAAAUGUAUGGAUACAGCUCACAUUUGAUGAGAGAUUUGGGCUUGAAGACCCAGAAGAUGACAUAUGCAAGUAUGAUUUUGUAGAGGUUGAGGAACCCAGCGAUGGAGCCGUAUUAGGGCGCUGGUGUGGGUCUGGCACUGUGCCGGGAAAGCAGAUUUCUAAAGGCAAUCAGAUCAGGAUACGGUUUGUGUCUGAUGAAUAUUUUCCUUCGGAACCCGGGUUCUGCAUCCACUAUAACAUUGUCAUGCCAUUCACAGAAACUGUGAGUCCUUCCGUGCUACCCGCUGCAGCUUUGCCACUGGACCUGCUUAACAAUGCUGUCACUGCCUUUAGCACCUUGGAAGAUCUGAUUCGGUAUCUUGAACCAGAUAGAUGGCAGCUGGACUUAGAAGAUCUAUACAGGCCCACCUGGCAACUGCUGGGCAAGGCUUUUGUGUUUGGAAGAAAAUCCAGAGCGCUGGGCCUGAACCUGCUCAAGGAAGAGGUGCGGCUCUAUAGCUGCACGCCUCGCAACUUCUCCGUGUCCAUCCGGGAGGAGCUCAAGAGGACCGACACCGUCUUCUGGCCGGGCUGCCUCCUGGUGAAGCGCUGCGGCGGGAACUGCGCCUGCUGCCUGCACAGCUGCAGCGAGUGUCAGUGUGUCCCCAGCAAAGUCACCAAGAAGUAUCACGAGGUCCUUCAGUUGAGACCCAAGACGGGCGUCCGGGGGCUGCAUAAGUCGCUCACAGACGUGGCCCUGGAGCACCACGAGGAGUGUGACUGCGUGUGCAGGGGGAGCCCCGGGGGAUAACGCCUCGCGGUGGCUCGGGGCUGCCACUGCGACAGAACUCGUGCCUUAUCUCCAUCCGCAAUCCCGGCUGGCUGUUGGUUCCAGGGCCCUUUCAUCUUCAGGAUUUACAGCGUGUUCUGAGAGAGGAGACACCACACAGAAUUAGGGGUUGUGCAACGGCCCUUUGGAGGAGAGGCCCCACGACAGGAGAAAAGUCCUCGCCGGGGAAAGGAAUGAACCUUGUAGAUUCCUAGUUGGUGGCAAAGUCCCCACGUGCGCCCUUGGCUGCGUCUGUGUCUCUUGUCUGGAUGUGGCCUGGGUUCAUGUCAGCACAGGAGACACUGCCCCUAAGCCCCUGGUUCUGUCGCCUUGCUUAACUCUAAAGCCCCCUGCUCUGGGCCUACAAUCACAGAAAUCUGGGAUUGUUUCUCAUAUUCACAUGCAUAAGCCAGAGUGUUCUAAGUUCUACCAACGUGGGUUUUAAAAAAGAACUGUGUUGCCAUGAAUUAAACUUGUGUCACGCUGAUAGGAAAGACUGGAUUUUCCCUAUUUCUUACUCAGAUUUCUACCAUUUAGAAGAACAGACCUCCAUCCACGGUUUGGAACAGACAAACCUGAGGAGAAGAGUGGCCUUAUCUUCACUUUAUAAGUUGGUUUAUUUGUGUUAUUGUGUACAUUUUUAUAGUCUCCUUUUGACAUUAUAACUGUUUGCUUUUCUAAUCUUGUUAAAUAUAUCUAUUUUUACCAAAGGUAUUUAAUAUUCUUUUUUAUGACAACCUAGAUCAACUAUUUUUAGCUUGGUAAAUUUUUCUAAACAGAAUGGUUAUAGCCAGAGGGACAAAGAUGAUAUAAAAUAUUGUUGCUCUGACAAAAAUACAUGUAUUUCCUUCUUGUAUGGUGCUAGAGCUUAGAUCAGUCUGCAUUUUAAAAUAUUGACAUGGGAAAUGGAUAGAAUUUGAUAAGUUGCAAAGAGUCUUGGAAAAUAAAUAAAUAUGUCAUCUUCCACUCCUCUUAUUGGAGACACCAGCGAGAAGCAGCAUAUUCCCGUAGACAUCCAGAUCCAAGAAUUACUAACCCUUAACCGUUAUUUUGGGAAGUGUGAGCCUAGCUCAGUAGAACAUAAAGCACCUUGAAAAAAGAGACUUGACAGCCUCCUGACAAAGCAUGCUUGGCUGUCCUGUAGGACCACAUCCUAUUUAUUGUGAUGUUCUGGUUAGAUUGUCUUUAAACUCUGUUCCAUACACUUGUAUAAAUACAUGAAUAUUUUUAUGUACAGAAGUAUAUCCUUUAACCGAUUCACUUAUUAUACUCUUUGGCAAUUAAAAAGAAAAUCAGUCAGAUCCUUUGCUUGUAAAAUGCUUAAUAUUGUGCCUAGGUUAAGUGGUGACUAUUUGAAUUAAAAAUGUAUUGAAUCACCAAAUAAAAGAAUGCAGCUGUUUCGGGGAGAAACUGAGUGUGUGUUUGCAA